UAUCAAUAUUUUCUUAAACCUUUGGUCAACCACUUUGACAAUUUACUAAUUUGUUGAUUAACUAAUUAUUACUUUUUCCAAACCCGUUAUCAAUUAACUAUUCAAUUAGCUAUUCUGUUAAUAUGUUGCCAUUAAAUUUGUUGAAGAAAUCACAAAAUCAUCCAAUGUUGGUUGAAUUAAAGAAUGGAGAAACCUUCAAUGGUCUCUUGGUUUCCUGUGAUAAUUGGAUGAAUAUAAACCUACGCGAAGUAAUUUGUACUUCAAGAGAUGGUGAUAAAUUUUGGAAAAUUAGUGAAUGUUACAUCAAAGGUACAACAAUUAAAUACCUUCGUAUACCAGAUGAAGUAAUAGAUCAAGUUAAAGAGGAAGUUAACAAACCAAGACGUGACUUAAAGCGAGGACCUCCAACCGGCGGUGGUAAAGCCAAAUUUCAAAAAUAACAAAAGCAAAUUCAUCUUACCAAACAUACACAACACCCUUUACACAUCCAAACCCUUCACCUUCAUGGUUAAAUCACAUUCAUAUAUAAUAUAUAUUCAUCUAUACCAAAUUAUCACACCUCCAUUUCCAAUCAACUAUAAUGUUAAUUAAAUACGAUGAAAUACAUUAAGCCAGAAGAAAAGAAA